AUGCACGUAAUACAGCAGAGAUUAGCAUCUGGCCAUGGUACUCAGUGCGGCUUCUGUUCGCCUGGAUUCGUAAUGUCACUGUACGCUCUACUGCGAAAUAAUCCAUUACCAUCCGAUCGUGAAAUUGAUGAAGCUAUAAGAGGCUACAGACCAGUCAUUGAGUCAUUCCAUUCGUUUGGCGGAGGAAAUUGUUGCGGUGGAAACUCAGAAAGUUGCCCCUGUAAGGCGAAGCAAGAAAAUAUUCAGCCGAAUAGAACAAAUUCGCUUGCCCACUUCACUGACUCACCACAAUACGACCAAAGCCAAGAAAUUAUAUUCCCACCGAAAUUGAUGGUGAAAGCCAAAAGUACCGUAGUUGAUGACACAUUGUUACUUCAAGGGAAGAGGACCACAGUUGCGGUUCCUUCUUCAAUGGAAAUGUUAAAAGAGGUUUAUGAGCAAAAAAAGGAUAAGAAACCAAGAAUUAUAACAUCGGGCCUAAUUACUCGUCUAGUUACUUCAUUGAAGAACAUCAAGGAUCCUCAGGUGUGGAUUACCAUACAUCGUAUAGACGAAUUGAAAUUCAAGAGUGAUGUGAAAAAUGAAUUAGUGCUUGGCGCAGGAUUGUCGUUAACGGAUUUCGUCGAAUCUUUAAAAACCUAUGACGAUAACAUGAAAACAGAUGUUUUCAAAGAUGCAGUAACUUUGUUUGAAAAAUAUUCUUCCACACAAGUGCGAAAUAUCGCGAGCUGGGCUGGUUCGUUGUGUUCCAGAAGUGCAAAUAGUGACUUCUGUUGUUUUGCCUUAGCAAUGGAAGCGCAGAUAACUGCUGUAAAUUUAAACAAUUUAAACGAACGAUCUGUGCCGCUUACAAAUAAUUUUUUCCGAGAAGUUGGAACAAAGAAUACUCUGUUACCUGAUGAAUUUGUAGCAAAAAUUACUUUUAAAAUUCCUGAACAGGAAACAAAGUUGUUUGCUUAUAAGUUUGGAAAGCUACACGGUGGCGACAGCACGCUUCUAAAUGCCGUUGGGAAAUUUAAUGUGAAACUGAACGAACGUGAAAUUUUGGUAACCAGUGCACAAGUAGCUAUUGGAGGCGUUAGGUCUCGGCCAUGGUUGGCACCAGAAACUUCAAGCUACUUUACUGGAAGCAAUUCACAACCUGCUGAAGAUCCGGUUGGACGGCCUAUGCCAUUGCAAUCGGCAGGUGCCCAAGUAACUGGAGAAGCUAUCUACACCAGUGAUAUUCGAGUUCCAGAUAUGUUGUAUGCAUCACUGGUUCAAAGUACGGAAGCCCACGCGAAAAUAGUUAGCAUUGACUGGAGUGAAGCCUUAAAUGAUCCGGAAGUUGUUGAUUAUGCUUGUGUUACUGAUAUACCUGACGGUGGAACUAAUCAACCGGCAACAAGAAAAAAAUUUAACUACGACAAUACAAAAAUUUUUGCUGACAAGGAGGUGGAAGCUGUUGGUCAAAUUAUUGGUGUCGUAAUUGCAAAUACAACUGAAGCUGCCAGGCGUGCUGCUCAAAAAGUCAUUGUAAAAUAUGCUCCUCUGCCAGCAGUAAUUUCAAUCGAGGAAGCAAUCAAUGUUGAGUCAUAUCACAGUGGUUCUCCUGCUAAAUUAGAUCGAGAAUGGAACGAAAGCGAAGACAAUUUUAAAGAUUGUAAACAUGUGGUUGAGGGAGACGUCAGCAUUGGCGCUCAGGAACAUGCAUACAUGGAAACGCAGUGUGCAAUUUGCAUUCCUGGAGAGUUUAACGAGUGGAUAAUAUACUCGUCAAAUCAAAGUACUGCUUGGGUUCAAAAAGAUGUUGCAGUCGCGCUAGGUGUCCCAGAGAAUAAAGUUGUAGUUAAAGUUAAACGUAUUGGAGGUGCUUUCGGAGGCAAAGAUUCGCAAUCAAUUUACGCUUGGGGUCCGGCGCUGAUUGCAGCACAUAAAACAAAACGUCCAGUAAAAUGCGUGCUUUCAAGAAGAGAGGACUUAUUAGCCACUGGCACACGACAUCCAGCUAAAAGCCAUUACAAAAUCGGUUGUGAUCAAAACGGAUAUUUAGUUGCUGCUUCUUUCGAAAGCUAUAUCAAUGGUGGUUACUCUACGGAUUACUCAUUGGAAGUAGCUUUUCUUAUGACUUUGAAUGGUGAUACUUGCUAUAGAAUUCCGCAUAUGAAAGUGGUGACGCAUUCAUGUAAAACGAACAUUGCCUCUAACACGGCAAUGAGAGGAUUUGGAAUUCCCCAAGCCCAUUUGCUUAUGGAAGUGGCAAUUGAACAUCUGGCUCAAAAAACUGGAAUUCCACCAAACAGUUUCCGAGAAAUGAAUCUCGCCAGGUUGAACUGGUUGCGGCUAGGCAAACAAAUCAUUAGAGACGACAAUCUGUUAGACUGCUGGGAAAAUUGCAAGAAUCUUGUUAAAGUGGAGGAGCUGCAAAAAGAUGUAGCCGCGUUUAAUGAAAAACACAAAUACAGAAAACGAGGUUUUGCAAUGUCUUCUCUUCGAUUCGGAUUACCGAAUGGAGGGCCUGUGGAGCAGGCAUUCACACUGGUGCAAAUCUAUGCAGAUGGUUCCGUAUCAGUUUCAAUUGGUGGUGUCGAGAUGGGCCAGGGCUUGUAUACAAAGUGUAUUCAGGUGGCUAGCCGAGCGCUCGGUAUUCCCAUCUCAAAAAUUACCAUUUUGGACUCAAGUACAGACAAAACAGCUAAUGCACCAAUUACUGGUGGAAGUCAGAAUACGGAUAUUUACGGCACAGCAAUCAAGGCCGCCUGUGAAAAGCUAAAAGAGCGCUUACAACCAGUUAUAGACGAGUCACCAGAAGGAACUUGGGAAGACUGGGUAUGGACAGCUUUGAACAAAAAAAUACCAUUAAGUAUCGGACUGCACGCAACAAUUCCGCGAGCUGAAAAUCAUUUACCAGAGAUGGGCGCAAUAUACUACACGUCAGGUGCCGCAUGUGUCGUUGCAGAAAUUGAUGCCCUUACUGGGGAGAGUAAAUUGAACGAAAUAACUGUUGUUAUGGACUGUGGAGAUACAAUAAAUCCAGCAAUUGACAUUGGACAAAUUGAAGGAGGAUUUAUGCAGGGUUACGGGCUGACAAGUACUGAAGAAUUUCUUUACUCAAAAGAUGGUCAACUGAUCACAAACAGUCUUGGAAAGUAUAAAAUUCCCACACCAGAUACUGUUCCGGAAAAAUUUCAUGUUGCUUUACUGAAAGAAUCAAGCGGAAACAACGCAAUGGUUUACUCUUCAAAAGGUAUUGGUGAACCGCCGCUCGUACUGGGUGCAGCGACAACCGGUACUGCUAUUCGACACGCUAUAGAAGCGUACUGCCAUUCAGCAGAUUGUUCAGCAGAUUUCCUGACCUUGAACUACCCGCUUACCGUUGAGCAGAUACGUCAAGUAUGUGCUCGGGCCAGAAAAAAUAAAACCAGUGUUCAAACCCGUCUAGAGUGUGACGUUUUUGUUGGCUCUAUUCGUUGCUGUCCUACCCCUAUCAUACGUGCUGCUUGCCCUCGUGGCUUGCAGUCUUUUCAUUUUAUUGAUCUCGUAUCAAUAAAGACGGAAUUUUUGGAUAGCAGCUGCGGGGUUUCCGGAGCUGCGUGUGUUCGACUUGUAUAG